CACGUGAUUUCUGGGAAAAGGAGGAAGCGGCAGAGAAAUAGCCUCGAGAACCUGGGGGCGUGUGUGAGAGAGCUGACAAGAAGAAUAGAAACUGCGAGACGAAAGGCUUGUAGAGUGGAAACAGAAGUAUACAUAAAGGCGUAAGGACUUAUGCACCAAGUAUCUGUACCAUACCACCAGGUAUAAACAGAAACACUGUCCAGCUGCAAAGAUGGCCACUGGUCGGGCUCGUUCUGCACGGAAACUCAAACCAUGGCUAGUGGAACAGAUUGAAAGUGGAAAGUAUCAUGGACUUAAGUGGGAUGAUGAACAGAAAAAAGGUUUCCGAAUCCCAUGGAAACAUGCAGGGAAACAGGACUUUCGACACGAUGAAGAUGCUGCCAUCUUUAAGGCAUGGGCUCAGUACAAGAACAAAUACCAAAAUGGAGAUAAAAUGGAUGCAGCUACAUGGAAGACCAGACUUCGUUGCGCACUGAAUAAAAGCCCAGAAUUCCAAGAGGUCCCACAGAGGUCCCAGCUGGAUAUAGCUGAACCAUACAAAGUGUAUAGAAUUGUUCCACCAGAUGAGCAAGAAAACCCCUCAACAGAAAAACUGUCACGGAAGAGGAAGAGUUCUGCAGAUUCAAAGGCCAAAUCAUGUGAUGAAGUUGACCAUGUAGAUAUGAAGCCUAAAGAGAUAAAACUGGAGCUAUUCCAGAUUGAGACACUGGAGGCAACCGGCUGUGCCUCUGCUGAUUCUGGAAAUGGAAGCGACACCAGCAAUCCUGAUACACCCCCUAUAAAUCAGCAUAUCCCUAAGUGCGAGCCAUGCCAGCCUGAACUCCACAACACUACCCAGAAUUUUCUAGUACCAUUGUCGCCCCCUCCACACUGCACACAUAAAGACAUGCAGAUCACAUUAUUAUACAGUGGUGUAGAGGUAUCGCAAUCCUUGAUGCGGAGUGGAGAAUGUAAAUUGUCCGCUAAAGCUCCUACUCAAUGCUUGAUGAUGGAGCAUGUUCUUUUUCCUUUACCAUCUGAACCAAUGGAUAAAGAAACACAAAAAAAGACAGGGGAUCUUCUGAAGUUCCUUGAAGCUGGAGUUAUGUUAGCCAGCAAUACAAAUGGAAUCUUUGCACAAAGACAAAAAUUCUGUAAAGGGCGCAUUUACUGGACCGGCCCAUGUACAGACAGUCAAGAAAAAAUCAAUAAACUGGAAAGAGAUAAAUAUGUUCAAUUAUUUGACACACAGAAAUUCCUGAAUGAACUGGCAUUAUACAGAACUACGGGUGGAAACCCGCCAGAUUAUCAUGUUACCUUAUGUUUUGGAGAAGAAUUUUCAGACAGGGACCCUACUGAAGAUAAACUGAUCACAGCAAAGAUUGAGCAAGUUAUGGCCUCUGAGUUGUUACAACAAGUGGAAGAUCUCCGUGCAUCUCGCAGUCAAGACCCAGAUCUGGAGGAGCCCUCUUCCCCGUAUCUUAUUCAGCUUAUGCCUGUGGAUACAUCAGACAGCACAUUUUCUUGAGGUUGUACCCAUAUACUCAACAAACAAGGACCAUUCUAAAUAUUGUUUGGCAGGGGUGGCCAAGGUUUUGUUUUUACUAUAGUUUCUUUAGGUUCCUAAAAUUAGCUAUCACAAUUUUAAAUAUAUACCAGUAGUUUUGUAUUUAGCAUUUUGUAUUAACGUUUAACUACAAAAUGUUUAAGAAAUGAAUACGCCUUUAGAAUUUAAUAUGGGGACCCUUUUACUGUCUGCUGCACUUUUUCCUCAUGCACUCUUUUUAUAUGUGAAAUAGAUCAUACAGAUGUGCACGAAUAUCUCAUUAGUGAAUGCAUAUAGCCAUUGAACCACAUUUGAAAAGGGGUUAAUCUUCUAAAGGUACUGCUCUACAAAUUGUGUCUUUCCUUGAUGUGAUAAAGAUCCGAGCAUCCCAACAUA